AUGCCAUAUAAGCCCACCUUUAUCACAUUUAUAACAACUUCAUUUUUAUACUUUAACAUAUCGCAUUCUUUCACGACUCAUCAUUGGCACAAAUCUCACAGAUCAAACAGAAGUUUCAGCGAUCAUAUAACCAAAGGACCAUGUGUCAGAUUUGCUCCAAGUCCAACGGGAAAAUUACACAUUGGAAGCGCUAGAACGCAUUUAUUUAAUCAACUUUUUUCAAAGACAAACGGCGGAAAGUUGAUAUUAAGGAUAGAUGACACCGAUACCAAGAGAUGUAGUAAAGAUUUCGAACGGGAUAUAAUUGACUCCCUAGGCUGGUUAGGGUUAGAUUGGGAUGAAGGCCCUCAUAGGCAGUCGGAAAGACUGGAUCUUUAUAGAGAAGCAGCCAAUUGGCUAGUAUCAAAUAACCACGCCUAUCUGUGCUAUUGUACCCCUGAAGAACUGGAUGCCAAAAGGGAUAAAGCCAGGAGAUAUGGCAUACCCUACUCCUACGACAGAAAGUGUUACAGUUCUCGAUUGAAUAAUUUUAAUAAUUAUGGCGGUAAAUAUUCCAUCAGAUUCAAGUCAAAUACCGGAGAAAUAUCUUUUAUGGACCACAAGGGAAAUGUUAUAAUUGGUCAAUCAGAAGGGGAUUACAUAAUAAUGCGUUCAAAUGGUGCGCCAACUUAUAACUUUACUUGUGCCGUUGAUGAUAAAAUGAUGGGUAUAACCCACGUAAUUAGGUCUAAUGAUCAUUACUCCAACACUCACAAACAAUGUGAAAUCAUUAAGAAAUUGAAUGGUUUCAAUGGAAAUUAUCAUGAUAAGCUACUUUAUGUCCAUUGUCCUAUGAUUUUAACGCCUGAUAGUGCCAAAAUUGGCAAAAGAGACCACUCUGAGAUGUAUACUAUUAGCCACUUUAAGCAAUCUGGAUACUUACCUCAGGCAUUACUGAAUUACUUGGCCACUCUUGGUUGGCACGACAAUUCACUUGGCGAAUUUUUUGAUGUGAUGCAACUACACAACUUCAGUUUAGACAAUUUAACUCCGUCCAGCGCAUGCUUCUCGGUGAACAAGUUGAAUUGGUACAAUCGUUCCUAUGCUAAGCGUCUAACCCGCAACCAUAUACACAAACUUUUUGUAGAUUACUUGAUGCAAUACUUUAACACUUUAUCUGACCAACAAUUGGACAAACUGACAACAUUUGUUUUGGAUGUAUUUGGACACUCCAACUUCCGAUACCUGUACCAGCAGCUAGUCAAUUCCCUAAGCUAUGAGCUUCCAACAUUAGAAAAAGUAGACCCGCAGUUGGUAGAUGAGCUAAUUAGCGCGGACUUGGCCAAAGUCGUUGAUGACUUCUCAGGGUGGAUAGGCAAAUUAUCAAAUGGAGAUAAGGAGAAGAAAAAAUGUGUUCUAGAAGGCAUUAGAUACUUGUUGACCGGCAAUAUGACUGGGAUACCUGUAACAAAAUUGUUAGAGCUGCUACUAAUGGUGGACGAGUGGAAGUUGGAGGGAUUUGUGUCCCUGGAAAGUAGAUUGCAAUUUCUGAAAACAGUCAAUUUUUAA